ACGGCUCCUAUGGCCCGCUGCUCCCGGAUGAGUGUGACAGAACUAAGCGGCUAUUUUGUGUUGUUUUCCUUGUGCAUUUCUGGGGAAAUGGGAGGUAUGUGGGCACAUUCGAUGACAGUUCAAGAUUACCAAGAUCUCAUCGACAGAGGAUGGCGAAGAAGUGGAAAAUAUGUCUACAAACCUAUCAUGAAUCAAACAUGUUGUCCUCAGUACACAAUAAGGUGCCGGGCUUUGCAUUUUCAGGCCUCCAAGUCCCACAAGAAGGUUCUGAAGAAAAUGUUGAAAUUUAUUUCCAAAGGAGAUGUUUCAAAAGUAGCGAGUGAAGAAGAGCCGAUGGAUGCCCAUAUAGAUGAUGUGGCCACGUGUGAUUUUCCAUACAAAAACGAGUCUCAGGUCAGUCAGUCUGAACUGACUCCCUUGGCUGUGGAUCACUCUGAGAGGGUGGAGGAUGAAGAUAAGGACUCAGGAGAAACAAAAGAAGAGGGGAAUGUGCCGAAGGUGGAAUCGGAUUCUGUUCAGAUCUGUGCAGACAAAGACACAUCAGUCCCUGCAGAACCAUCACAUUCAGCUAAAGCUGUUCAUACACCACCUAAGCCAGGGAAAGGGGCUGACCUGAGCAAGCCCCUGUGUCGGAAAGCAAAGGACAUAAGGAAAGAGAGAAAACUGCAGAAGCUCCUGCAGAACCAGAUGGGCACAGUAGAAGGCUCUCAACUUCAAGGAGAUCAAGCUUUCCUCUUGCAAAACUCUAAAUCUAAAACAAACCAGCCUAAAAACAUUGAAGACUUUAUUUUUGUCCCUCUACCUGAUGAUGCACAACACAAAUUAGAGGUGAGGGUGGUGAGAUCAUCUCCACCAAGUUCACAGUUCAAAGCCACAUUUCAGGAGUCUUACCAGGUCUAUAAACGUUACCAGAUGGUUAUUCACAAGGACCCACCUGAUAAACCAACCAUAAGUCAGUUCACACGAUUCCUCUGUGAUUCCCCUCUGGAGGCAGAGCAUGCCCCAAACGGGCCAGAAUGUGGCUAUGGCUCCUUCCACCAGCAAUACUGGCUGGAUGGGAAGAUAAUUGCUGUUGGAGUAAUUGAUAUCCUGCCCUACUGUGUGUCCUCAGUCUAUCUGUACUACGACCCAGACUUUUCUUUCUUAUCUUUGGGAGUCUACUCUGCAUUAAGGGAAAUUGCUUUUACUAGACAGCUUUAUGUAAAAGCUCCCGAUCUCUCUUUUUAUUAUAUGGGUUUCUACAUUCAUUCAUGCCCCAAAAUGAGAUACAAGGCUCAGUACAGGCCCUCUGACCUGCUGUGUCCAGAGACCUUCAUGUGGACCCCCAUUGAGCAAUGCCUGCCCCUGCUCGAGCACUCCAAAUACUCCCGCCUCAACCAGGAUGGAAAAGCAGCAAUCCCAGUGGUGGAAGCUGCUUCCCACGUUCCUGUGUCUGCAGAAACUGUGUGAGCAGAGCUUUGAGAGCUGCACUUCAAAAGGACUUCAGUGCUUUUUCUGUCUUAACCAUUUCGUUUGCUGAAGUUGAUAAAUUGGCUAAGCUAGUACACAUCUGUUCAACUUCCUGCAGAUCUAAUAACAGAGUGAAAUCAAAAUGGCAUCAAAUGGAAUACAUUAAUUAAAAUGAAAGUAUUUUCAGCACAUUAAAAAAAAAAUCACAUAACAAAGGCAUAACACAAGCUGCUCUGGCUUUGUGCUUUCUAGGAGACAAGAAACUCUUUGCUCCAGAGGGUAUGGUUAACACAAACCAUGCUGGAUGCAGAAGGGUGGGAUAAAGAGAGAGAGAGAGAGGCACUUCUGGGUUUCCUGGUCAAUUCUAGUAGUAGACUAAAUUACAGUCUAUUAAUAGACUAAAUAGUAUUAGACUAAACUGACCUUCUUGUAAACAUCACAGUGAAGGAGUUUCAAAGAGAGGGAUCUAAGGAAGUUUCUUAGUUGUGUUUCAGAGUUUAUGGUGAAAUCUGCAGCAUGAGAGUUUUAGAAGAAAUUAAGAAUAUGGAGACACAAAGCAGUUUCCUACAAAACAUAAAUUUGUCUGGGAUAGGAUCCUCUAGUUAGGGGUAGGACUUAGAAUGCUGCCUGCAGGUGCUAAGAAUGAAGAUGGAGUGAGGCAGAGUGAGGGAGGCUUUAGAAGUGAGGAUCUCUGAUGUGAUCACGGUGUUGGUAGCUGGCAGAGACAUGGAUAGAAAAGGGAAAGAACUUUGAAGUUCAUAGAGGUAGAACAAUGAGAAGAAGGGCUUGACAAGAGCAAGAAAUAAGUGAUGGUAGGAUUCAAACUUGAGCAUGUUGGUAGAUCCUUUUAGAGGUGAAUAAGGCUAUUAUUUGGAUACACCAUCCAAAAGCCAAAUGAUUCAGCAACCACCUUCCACUCCUUGCUGUAGACCAGACUGCAUCUGCCACCCUGCACAGCAGUAAAACCUCCUUUCUUCUUCCAGCAGGGUGGAAGCCCUUAGAAGAACUCAGGCUUUAGGCUGUUUGCAGCUGGUGUGAGCCAAAGUGAUGAUAGGCAGUGGAAUCCAGAGGAGAGGAUUUGUCUCUUCUGUGCUUUGCAGUGAUUGGGCUGUGGCAGCCCAGGAACUGGGCAAGGCACAAAGGACAGAUGUUGAAAUCCAAAAAGCCUUUGAAAUUGCCUCAUGUUCACAUGCAAGCCUUAACCAUCAGAAUAAAACAAAACUUAAACCCAAACCAAUACUGAAAUCAGUGCCUGAGCUCCCCUUCUCAGGAGAAAGUUCUGGAAUGCCACACAAAGCUAUGGAGAGGUCAGAAAAUCCUCACUUCAUGCUCACAAGAAUCACUCUGUAAAAAACCCAUUCCAUGCAAUACCUUCUGGCUUCAUAGCAGAUCACUAGUUUCUGAGUUCCUGAACUAAAGAAAAUUACUUAAGAUUUCCAGUCUUUCUCUGUACUAAUCUUAUAACUUUUAUUAGAGAUUUUACUGGAUUUUUAAAGCUUUUAGCUGAAAAAAUGUUUCCUUAGAAAUGUCUUUCUAUAUAUUUUUAUCUAUUCUGCUGCUCAUGGUAAGCUAGAGUAGUAAAAUGCAAAUAAAAAUUCCAGUAUUUAAUAAUUUCUGAAUCCUCUUAGUACUGAUUGCAUUAUGUAUCUUAAUGCUUUUUGCAAGCAACUGAGUGCUAUUAGUUCUAGUAAAUAAAACUUAAAUAAAACCAGAAGUCUACAACUGUGUGCAGUUACACAAAACUAUUUAUUUUAAAUAUAUGUUUUUAUGCAUUAUGCUUCCACUAGAAAAAUAAUUUGUCACAACCAUUUCAGUAACUAUAAUUUUUAGUGUUGUGUUUUUAAAACAUUUUAUGUACAAUUUUUAGUUCACUUUGUUAUCAAAGAGUAUUUCAAACAGGUUUUAUAUUAAUUGUGUGUGUGAACACGAGUAAUUUGUUGACUUUUUUUUCCCUAUCCAGUACAGAGACUGUUUAAUUUUACAAUAUAUUUAAAAAAAUUAGUAUAUUGAUGCUGGUCUUGUUCCUUCCCUUAACAGAAAAGCCACGAUCACAUAUUUGUGUCAUGAAAGUGAACUGUGGUUGCCAUUUGGUCACGUCUCAGAGUUCAGGUCCUUGGCAAAGGGCUGUUCCAUGCUGGAUGGAUGCAGGCAGAGGGAUUUGAGUGCAGGCAGAGGGAUUAAUCCAAAGGCCAGGAUAUGUUAAUGUUUAUAAGGGUGGUGUGAUGCAGAUUAAUGUUUACAAGGAUAAAUGCACUGAACUUCUCGAGAUGAUGAAAAUGUGGUCGCAAAACUAUCACAGAUGGAAAACAUUAAACCAAUUGUUUAGAACUCUGCAAUCAUCUGAUUUGGGAGAGAUGGCUGCUUUGCUCUAAAACAACUGCUGCUUAUAUUUUUAUAUUUUUUUGAGAUAGUGUUGUUCAGAGAGUUGGGAAACAGUUUAAAUAAACUCUGAUAGAUCACGAACUAAAGUCUUCUAAAGAAGUAACUUUCCACUAUUAGCACAGCUAUAGGUAAUAAAUUUGAAUUCUGUAACCAAGAAAAAGACACAUCCCAGUUCUUUCUAGCAGCUUCUCUAGAACAGACAGAUCUUAGGAGUUUCUGUCUGUUUCUAAUUAAGUUAAUGAACACUUCGAGCCAUCAGAAUGCAUCUUUCUAAAUCCAGUGUGAUCCUUGAGUGUACAAGAUGUUUAAACAGUGAAGAUAAUGCCAAUAUGGUGUAGCCAGGCUCAUUUUUCCCUCACUUUUUUUUUAUGUUUGGAUUAAAUUGAAAUGACUGGCAUGGGGUUAUAGGCUCAUAUGUGAUGCUUCUGUAAUACAAAGGAAAUGUUAUUCUCUUAAUUUGGGGGUCCUAAGCAAACUGCCAUGGCAUAAAUUGGUGUGUGGGUUAGAAAAUGCAAACUUGAAUAAAUAUUUGUGAUUUAACGGUUUAGAUUUAUUGAUAUUCUAAAUAGAUCUGCUUUUAUAUAUGUAGUAGAUUAAACCAGUGCCCCUUGAGCAGCACAAUUGUCUGACUUGUGGUGUGGUUUGUGAAACCUUUGGCUUGGACAGCAAAACUCUCAAAUAUGUGUUAAUCCAAGAUGACCAUCAUAGAGACUGUGAAACAAAUGGAUGUAUUUUGAGAUUACUUUUUUUUUGGAGGACUUUCCUUGAAAAAUAAAGAUAUCUUGGCAUACUUCA